UUCAUUCGACACAUUUAUUACGUAUUCGAUUACUGUAUCUCCUAAAUUUCUGUUUAUAAUAAUGGAUUUUUACAACGGAAUCAUUAUAUAAAUGUAUAAAUUUCAAAUUAGUGUAGAUUAUGUUGCUGAAACACAUCGUUGGUUAAUAGUUAUGGCUCUUCGAAUGUGGAGAGUAAGGGCACUAUGGAUACGGGCUGCUGCUCUAUGCCCUUCUUUUGGCUUAAGUUAUGAGCUUAAUAGUCUGUGUUCUAGGAAGACAAUGUUGUAUGGAAAACUGACCUACUGCUCUAGCUACAAAUUCCAGGAGGACAUUGAUGACAAACUGGAUGUUAAAGCUAGAAGUUGGAAAAUUUUCAGUGAAUUACAAGCCAAAGGAUUACAUAAAUAUUCUGAAAAACACACAGCCUCAUUGUAUCAACUCCUGUUAGACCUGGGAAUAAAAUCAUCAACAAUAGAAGCACAGUUAACAGCCACUCCAGACAUCUUGGGAUAUUCAAUAAAAAACUGGAGUGACACGUGUGAGGUUAUGGUCGAGAAUGGACUCUCAGGCAUCAAUAUCCUCCAGAGCAUAGCACUGUAUCCUCAGCUCCUGCUUGUUAAACCCUCCACUUUGAGACAAACUCUUCUGCAGUAUCAAGAGAUCACUGUUGGAAAGCAUAACCUUUUGUCACUUGUUAUCAGGUACCCAGCUCUCUAUCUCUUUCCACCUCGGGCAGUUAAGAAGCGAAUGGGAUUAUUAAGUUCUAUGUUUCCACCGACUGAACUGAAAACUUUGAUCCGGAACAACCCAAAUAUUCUUACUGAUAAAUGGGAGACUAUUUCAAAAAAAAUUAUGUAUAUCCAUGAAGAAAUGGGAUUAGAACAACCACAUUUGGCUGCCAGUAAGGCCUUAAGGAAACCUCUGUUGCACAUCAAAACGCGACAUCAGUUCCUUUACCGAGCAGGAAUUUACAAGACCCCAAACUUAUUGAGAGAUAAGCAGAGUCACAAGAGGAAUGCUUCAUUGUCUGACAUAAUGGAUACUUCAGAUAAAUACUUUGCUAACAGAGUUGCAAGAUUAACAGACCUGGAGUACAGUGUAUUUGCCUGUAUGAUGAAGGAGGAAGAGGAAUUAGAGCACAGUUACUCUGACGACAGUGAUUUCGACGAAACCAAUGACCUUGAGUUUGAAGAAAUGCCAAGACAUGGCAGCUGAAUUUCAUCACAAUGUAAUGCUAGAGGCGACCUUGACUGCAGAAAAGUGGAAGUACUGGACUACAACAAUGAGCUGGAUGAGGAUCAAAUAUUGGAAAUGCUUGACCAAAUCAUAUGAUUUUCAUGCCGUAAAAUACUGUAAAUGGUUUUAUUUAGAUGUGCACCUAUUCCAGUACAGUAUUAUAAUUGUCCCAUGGUUGUACUGUACAUUGUUUCUGGUAAUAAAUGUUAUACAGUACUGUAUAUACAGUACUGUAUAACAUUAAAAAUGAAUAUCAAGUAAGCAUAAAUGCCCAAAUUGGAAUUUUUUUAACGGUUUUAAGGGCUAGUGGAAGUUGAUAAGGAUGAGUAAAUUUUAAAAUCUACAGUACUAACCCUGCUGGCGACUAAAUAUGAACAAUGAACUUGCAUCCCUGCACAUGAUAUUUAAAAUAAAAAAAUGGGUAGUCAGUAAAGAUAUAGAGUACAGUCUCAAUGUUUACUGAUAAAAAAAAUUUAUACUGUAAUAUCUACAGAAAUUAAACUUACCCUUAUAAUCGUGAGCUGGAUAAAGCAUGAAUUCAUGAGGAAGACUCAAAAUUUGGGAAUGUACAGAAUUAUACAGGGUUUCUGGGGAGCCUUCCUGGAAAUCCGUCCUUCCACAACCACGUAUCAGCAAGGCAUCUCCGGUGAAAGCAAAUUUCUGAUCAUGGCUCACGUAUGUUACACAACCUGACAAAGGCAGAAUUAUUUUUAGAAUUUGUGUAUCCAAAAUUUUUAAUUAAUUCAUUUGGUUAAUAGGCUAGGAAUAACUCAGAAUUAUCAUGCAAGGAUAAACUCACCAUUGGUGUGACCAGGUGUACAGCGGACUUCUAGCUUUUGAUUUCCAAAAGUCACUGUAUCACCAUGUUCGACCAAAACAUCAGCUGUAGCCCCUGACACCUGAAAUCAUAUAAUAUGCGAAUAGGUAUUGUUUCACUAAAAAAUUCUUAUUGUUUUACUUUUUAAACCCUUGACUCAAAGUCACUUAUCAAAUCAGCUCAAAGUUGUGCCACCUUGGAUCCCCCACUAAGUUCAUUGAUUUAUUUAAUAUGAUCUAAAUACAAUUACCCUGUGUAUAAUAUGGUCAGUAUGCCUGUGUAAAGAUAUAAACCCGAAGCCAGGCCUGUGGUUUCUAACCCAAAACCUAGAAAGUUUCAAAGACAAAGCCAAGUCCAAAAGGCAUAGCUUGCAGAAGCCAAAGCUGCUUCAGCCUCAUACCUGAUAACCAUAGUGUUUUUCUUUCUUUUUUAUUGUCAGGUCUCUGACUUUUGUAGUGUUUUGAGUGCUAGUUAAUUCUUUAGAAGUACUGAGGCUCUUUUGAGAGACAAAAGACCAGUUAUUAUUAUUAUUACAGUACUGUACUGUACUUGUACUGUAGUUAUUACCUUAGCAAUGAGGGACUGACAGCCGGGUACAAGUUUCUUGAGUAGACCACUACCAGUGAUGUGAUCAGCAUGGACAUGGGUGUUCACUAUAAGAAAAUUAAAUUAACACAGUUUAAGUGUGAGGUAGAAAAUGGCUUUUUUUAUCUCGGGAAUUGCUUGGUAACAGCUUAGAGUAAAAAUGCUUAGGGGCUUGGUAACUAAGGCCUUACAGAUUGACAGGUAAAGUACCAGCAAGAAGUUUAGAUAGUGUACUGUAAAAGUGCAGGUACCAAGAACCAGGAGACUAUCAGUACAGUAGUUUAUAAAGCUCUGGGAUAGAGAAAGAGGAAUAAAAGUGAUUCAGUAUACCUGUACUAGCAUCAGUCAUCAAGGAUAUAAAGUUGUAACCCUGUCCAUCAUAUUCCUUUAUUACAGUACAAUACUGUACAGUUCUUAAAUAAAUUUAAUGCUCUCCAGCCCUCAAAAACCAUACGAGUGAUUUAUAAACUUGAAUACAGUAUACAGUACUUCAUGUUCUACAAUAAGUAGAAAAAUACAAAUUGAAGAAGACAAUAUAUUGUACUGUACUGUAUAGUUAUUUUCUUUUAAGUGUUGGUCAUGGGAUACAGAAAACCAAAAGAAAGUGGGGGAAAGUAGGGACAGGAAAUGUUUACCAAUACUGUAUUAUGCCAUUCUUCAAUUGUUCUUUAAACAUUCUUCCUCUUAUGUGCAUUUUGCUCAUUUUCACAAAAUAUAUCUCGGUAUAAGCCAAUUAUGAAAAUAAUUGCAUUUAAUAUUAAUAAACGUUGUCAUUAUAAUUUUUUACUUAAGUAGAGCACAGCUAGAUGUGUACAAUCACGAACAAAAGUCUAUUCCUUCCCACCCUGAAGCAGUAUCAACCCCAAAUGAGAUAAAACAGCACCAGAUAAUGGUCAGGGUAAAUCAGUCUCACCAUAGGGGGGGAAAGGGGGGACUUUUGUUUGCAAAUAUACAUUAUCAAGAUACAGUAUAUAAGUAUAAUGUAAUUGAUAUAGAAUUGAGAAUAUACACUUACUGACA